AUGAGUUCCUUACUAGACAUACGACGCCUCCACAGUCCUUACGAGCCUCCAUAUCCCCACCGCCCUCUCGGGCCAGAAAGACCACGCUUCAUCCUACAAGCUACUCUUCUGGGCAAGACCCACGUUCAGCCCAUCAUUCAGAAGACACCGCGGCCUCCCUCGCAGCAGUCGAAGCAGGAGAAGCCCAGAUCCGCAAUCACCUCGAAUAUUUCUCCUCCCACCUCUCCGCGUCCGCCAAACCGUCUGCACCUCUCUCAAUUCAUGCUUUCGAGGAUCUCUACAAGCGAAACCAGCACGAGCAUGGGCGCCAUUGGGUUAUACAUCAGCAUGAUCACCCUGUUGCAGGCGUCCACUACGAUCUAA